GCAAGCGAAAUCAUUGUAGAGUUCUUUGCCUUAAAAAAAGGCCUAGAUCAAUUUUUUUAUUUUAAAUUGAAUGACGAAGAGUUACGUUAAGUUACUGUCAAUGACUGUGACGGCGUUAUGGGUAUGCACAUAUGUAAAUUAGAAAUGAAACGGUUCAGUCCCAAAUUUUGCAUAGUUUCUAUAUCGACUGUGUACAUAAAAUAUAUUAUAGUGUGGCUGUACUACUUUUGAAGACGUCACUGUCGCUUUUUGAUUUCGUUGGUGUUGACAUUCGUUCCAAUAAGAAAAAAGUGAUCUGACAAGAAAAGCUUACAAGAAAACUUCUAUAAAUGUUUUUGUUAGAAAUUUAAGCCACAUCAAAAUAUUCCAAUGUAUCGUAAUGUUUAAUAAAUAAAAAAGAGAAUGUCUAUUUAUAGCAAUAUUGUAAAAUUUAUUAAAGUGGUUAUUGUAAAAGCGAAAGGAAUACUUCUGUAGUUCAAGGCAACAGCCUAGUGAAAGCAAAUUUUACAUUCUUUUCUAUAAAGUCAAUUCAAACAAGUCAAUUUUUUUUUGGAUAUAUAGCAGACAUAUAAAUAUAUAUAAUAAAGUAUCAAAAAUGCCUUCCGUACGGAAAUACCGUCGCGAAACCACUGAGAUAAGCUGUUGUUUAAAAUAUCUACUGUUCAGCAGCAACGUAGUUGUUUGGAUUGCUGGAUUAUGUGUUCUGGCUGUUGGUAUUUGGGCUUGGAACGAAAAAGAUAUGUUUAGUAAUUUGGCUAAGCUAACAUUUAUAGCCUUAGAUCCGGCCUUUGUAUUAAUUUGUACGGGCACAAUCACAUUUAUAAUUGGCUUUACUGGAAGCGUUGGAGCGCUACGAGAAAAUACCUGUCUCUUGUCACUGUACGCACUGUUCCUGUCGUUGCUGCUGACAUUUGAAAUAAGCUUGGGCAUAUUAACUUUUGUGCUAAAGGACAAGGGUUGGAUAAAAGAUCAAGCUACCGAGGGAUUACGUGCCUUCAUAAUUCACUACCGUGAAGAUCCAGAUCAGCAAAAUCUCAUCGAUUGGAUACAAGAAGAUUGGUUGCAGUGUUGUGGUAUUGAUGGCCCAAAAGAUUGGGAUAGCAAUAACUAUUUCAAUUGUUCAUCCAGCGCCAUAGGGAGUCGGGAAGCAUGUGGGGUUCCGUUUUCAUGCUGCCGUCGGCGACCAAGUGAAUUAAUAAAGAAUAAGCAAUGCGGCUACGAUGUGCGCAAAGAAGGAUAUAAUUUUGAAAUAUCGAAAAUCAUUUACGAAAAAGGCUGUGUACAAGCGGGUGAAGAGUGGAUUGAGCAUAAUUUAAUUAUAAUUUCAACCAGCGUUAUUAUACUUAUUUUUGUACAGAUACUUGGCAUUUGCUUCACACAAAAUCUUCGCGCUGAUAUAAAUGCGCAAAAAUCUAAGUAUCACUGACAAAUACCAUCCGCCGCGCCAUGCAAUGGCGUACCGCCAAGGCCCACUGCCAUUUAGUUCGGCUACAAGGCCCGCCGCAACAUGUGGGUGUAGUAUGAAAGAGAAUAUGUGUGAAAAAGAGCGGGUAAGGUAAUACACAGUAAACUAGUUAAACAGUUAAACGUAAGCUUUAAACUUCCGACUAUUCUACCAUUGUGAGUUAGAGACAUAUAUGUACAUAUAUGCCGAGCUUAGAGGAACAUAGAAACAUGCAAACAGCUUUACUGAGAAAGCAACAUCAACUGAAUAGUGAUUUAAGCUUUUUAAAGUCCGAUUUGUAUGACUUUAGUUAUAUAUUUACACUUUUUAGUUUCUCUUUUUACAUUACACUGUUUAAUAAGCACUCCUAAAUGCUUAACAAAUAUUAAAAUCUCCUACGAUACAUGCUUCCACUAAUUUUCAAGUCAAACUCAAAUUGCAGCUGUGAUAACUCUUUUUGUCAGCUUUCAAAAUACUCACCCAAACAAAACGAAACAAAACAAAACAAAACUAACUUGACUUUUAACGAUGCAACUCAAACUACGAAACAAACAAAGGAUAAAUGCUACAUGCAUAAAUAACACACCUAUAUACAUACAUACAUAUAUUUUUUUAUUUUCGCAACAACUUUGAAGCACUUGAAAAGUCUAUUAAGUACAGCAAACUGUAACCUGAUAUACUCUUUUGUUGCUAUUUAAACGCAAUAAGUGAAGAUAUUACUAUUAGUCCAGAAAAAGUAUACUGCAUAAGUAAAUGUCUAUUUUGAAUACACUCGUCCUUAUGUGGUUGGAGCGCAUACGUAUUACACGGGACGGAAAAAAGCGCUUACGGCCAUCUAACUAUUUAUUAGCAGAGUCAAGUAAAGACUAACUGUGUUAAUGCUCUAUUCAAUAUAAAUAAAAGGCUCAAACAAAAGUUAUUAAGCAGAUUUAGUCGUAUGAUUAAAUAAACUCAUAAGUGUUACGAAAAAGUACUCGUAAGUUCUGUUAGCUUAAAUGAAACGCAAAAAUCUAGUGAUUUUGUGAGUCCACAAUAGUUGAGUUAAAGUAUAAAAUUACUUUUACACGCUAGGAAAAUAAAAUAAAAUAAAAAUAUGGCAUAUGACAUACAUAUGUAUUAGGGUAGGGAUUAUUAUAUUUUUUGUUACUAUUGUAAUUUUAUUUUGGUAGAGUUACAGGAAAGAAUAUGAAAUACAAAAAAAGUCAUGCCUGAUACAAGAAGACAUUAAAAAAAUGCAUACAAUUUUUAACAUAUUUUCGCUUCACCCCAAUACAUAUUUCUAGAUAUGUAUUAACAUUUGAAAAAAAAAAUGAGUUAGAUAUUUGACAGACGAAUAUUGUACUGAUUUAUAUUUAAAAAAGUAAUAACAAUUAGCUAGCAAUAUAUAGUACUAUUAUUAACUAAGAGAUAUUGAAAAACUAUUAGAUAUAAACUGAACUUACAAAAGGAAUCUCAAUUUUCAACACAUAAAUUCGGUCAGCCAUGGAACUUUGAUAAAAGUUUAGUUUUGUUUAUCAUCUCAUGUUUUAGGGCUUUAUUUACUGUCAUGUUUUAUGACAGGAGUCCAGGUGUAGAAUUGUCUUUUUUACGCCCACUGUUACCACGUAUGAUAUAUUUUCACUGCCCGAAUACAAAGAAAUUAUUAUGGUAUUAACCCUCAGUCAGAAAUCUCUUUAAUAUAAGUCUUUGCCUUUUGACAACUUUUGCGUACAAAGAAAAAUUUGAUAUUAUCUUAAAAGUGUUUUAAAAAAGGUUAAUUUAAUAAUUUGUAAAGUAAAAUAAAAAAAUUAAUAAAUUGCAUUCCAAGAUAUGUAAGUCUAAAUCUAAAAGUAAGCUAGAAUAAUUUUCUUUCCUAAGUACUUGUUUUUAUAUUUACAAUUUUUUACUUUGUAAUGGAUAUCUAGAUUUGAUUGUAAUGUUUAUGAAUUGUUAUAUUAAAUGGAGAGCUUAUUGUUUGUGUUAAUGAAACAACAAUUAAGAUCGCUCGAUUAUUAUCUGUAAGCAUUAGUUGGUUAUAUUAAUUGCCUGCGAUUCGUCAAACCCUGGAGAGUUGCAUAUUGAGCAAACAACAGGUAAAAUAAUAGUAAAUAUAUAGUAUAAUCUGGUAUGUAUGUCAAUUUAGUGAGUUAUUCACAUACUUCCUUACAUUAAAUACAAUGUUUUACAUUGUUGUUACUCUAAGAAAGGAAUCUUUUGAAGAGCAGAGCUCGUAUAUAGCGAGUAGUGAAGUGACGAAUUGUAGCCGGUUAAUUAUAUUUGAAAUAUGUUAAACAUUUUCUUUCAUGCUUCCAUUAUACUACAAAAUAUUGAUUGCAUAAAGUGUUAUGUAGGUUAUGUACACACACUUUUUUUUUAGAUAGUUAUAAAUAUUGUAUAGUAUUUCGAAAUGGAUAAAUUUCUCUCGUUUGCCAAGAUUUUUCCUGUAAGCAAAUAAUCGUAAGUAUAGCUAAUACAACAAUUACUUAAAUAUUAUUGUUUGUAGAAAUAACAGAUAAAUUUUAGAAUAGCAUCCCCCGAUUUCGGCGUUAAAAUGGGUGUGUUCUGAAGGAGAAAGCUCGCCAGAUUUAGAAUAUAUACCGGUAUAUAUAAUAUAUAUAUCCCUUUGUUGAACUUUUAUAAGCAUUUAAUGCACCUACAACCGUAAAACCGAAAUCGAGGUACACAAGAAGCUUAAAUACACUAUUUUAAAAAUUAUUUUGAUUAUGUAUAUUUAUAAUUUAUUUAAGAUUUAAAUAGUUUAAGGACUCAGCAAAUUCGUUGUAAGUUGUGGAGCCCUUACGAAUUAUGUUGCUUAUACAAUCAUAUACAAAUGUAUACACAUAAUAAGAACAUAGAUACAUAUGUAUAUAUGUAUGUGCUUUAAUGCAUAUGUAUAAGCAAUUGAAUGUAAUAAACGGAACAAAUAAACUAUGAUAAUAUUUAGCUA